GACCGUACACUACCCUCUGCCCCCUUUCAUCAGUACCUAGUCAUUGUGACGGGAAAGUAUGAGGGCCUUUAGGUUGCUAGCCGUCCUGGCUAGCUCCGCCUGGUUGCUGGUGAACGGACAAACCGACGUGUGCGAUGCCCAAGACCGCACCUACAGCAACGAGGCGGUCCCCGCCGGCACCCACCAACCGUACGACAAGCUGAAUCCGGUGGUUGGAAUCAUGAGCACCAGAUUUUACAUCACCGUCGUUAACCUCACACCACACCGCAUCAAGUUAGAGGACACCCAUUCAUACCAGAUGAACACAUUCGAUUUCGGCGACGUUCCCCAGGGCCGGGCUCGUCAAAACAUAAUCCAGUAUCGAGGGACAUGGUCUACUCAGGAUGACGCUGGUGAGGCGUAUUACCGUCUCGAUGGCACCGACAAGAAGUUUGCCUUGCGAGUCAAGUCAGACGAUCGACGGGUGGUGCUGGACCUCAGCGGCAUGGGACUUGGUCAACGAGAGUACUUCUACCCCGGAGGAGACACAGCCGUCUCUCUUGUCAUUACAGGGAGCAACCGUUUUGGCUUCCAAGCAUCGCUCCGGCACGGACCCGGUAACUGGAUGCGAAAGAUGUAUGACGUGAUUCGGGAUCGUCUCGUCCGGCAUCUCAUCAUGCCGGGAGCGCACGACGCCGGCAUGAGCAAGAUUACAGACAAGAUCACCAGCAUCGGCAGCGAGGGAAACACCCAGAACCAGGGAAUCAACAUAUACGACCAACUCCGCGCCGGUUCCCGUUGGUUCGACCUCCGUGUUGGGUCCAUCCACUCCAACGACGACGCUUCGAAAAACAACGGCUUCUGGGUGCUCCACGUCAACGACGAGCUGGGCACGCUCGCCAUCGGCAACUCAGGCGAGUCCCUAGACGAAGUCAUCAGCGAGAUCAACCACUUCACGUCCGAAAAUCCGGGCGAAAUCAUCUUCUUCACCGUCCGCUAUCUCGUCGGACGGUACGAGUUCCCCGACCGGGGUCCCAUCAUGUGGGACACAAACAUGGUCAACAGCUUCUUCUCCAAGCUGCGCGGCAUCAACAACCGCUGCCUCAACCUCGACACCGGCACAGGCUUCCAGAACCAGAAGGCUUCCUAUUUCAUGGACCAGAACGAAGGCAAGGGCUGUGUCAUCCUGCUCCUCAACGGCCACCUCGACGGCGGCGUGCCCCGUGAAUCACCGGCCGACGGCAUCUACGAAAUCGGCCGUAUGGGCAUCCGCGACCACUGGUCCAACAAGAUGCAAGCUAGCGACAUGGCUCCGGACCAAGUCAAUAACUGGCGCUCUGUCACGCGCGGGGGUGCGUCCGACUUUGGCAACUUCAUGGUCGGGCAGUGGCUGGUGACGCCUGAUGCCUUGGCUGCGACGGCAUACUCGCUGCAGAACUUUGCCAUUCAGCCAACGAACCCCUCGCUAUACUGGGCCGGUGUCAACGGGAUGGACCCGGAGCACUGGCCGAAUGUGUUGAUGGUCGACUACAUCGGGGUGCAGCAGGGUGAUCAGUGGGCGUGGGACCAGCUGAGUGCUGAGAUAUACACUCUGGCGGUGGGUAUGAAUCUGUAUAUGGCCAGUGAGAACUGUGAUGUCAAUAAGCGGCAACCGCCGUUGCUCGGGAGGAGUGAGGUUGCUGUGAGGGAGAGUCAAGAAACGCCUUGGAAUGGCAUCAUCUUUGCGAACGGGACGACGGUGGAUAACCCGCCUGCGGCACUUCAUCUGGGCCGUGUUGAGAUAUUGAGGAACGGGACAAUCUUCAACAACGGCACGGUGUUGGAGCAGAGCAUACCGAACCCAUGGUUGUAGGACGGCAGUGGUGGUUGGUUGGAAGUGGAAGAUAUGGAUACCCUUGAGAUGUCUAGAUACUCGUGCUUAGCUGUAAUGUUCAACCUAUCUAUUCCCAUG